AUGACGGUAACAGUGACGGUAAUGGUUACGGUUACGAUUACCGUAAUGGUUACGGUUACGAUUACCGUAAUGGUUACGGUUACGAUUACCGUAAUGGUUACGGUAAUAGUGAUUGUGAUUGUAACGACAACGGUAAUGGUAACGGUUACUGUAACAGCGAAGAUAAUGGCAACUAUCACGGUAACGAUCACUUUAACGAUUAUGGUUACGAUAAUGAUAAUCACAAUGGUGACAAUGACAAUAAUGGUAAUUGACGGUGAUAGUAAUGGUUAUGCUAACAGUUACAGUGAUGGUGAUAGUAACGGUGACGAUAACAGUAUCGAAUACGGUAGCAGUAAUGGUAAUAGUAACGAUAAUGAUAACAGUGUUUGUAAUGAUAAUGGUGACGGUAACGGUGACGAUAACAGUAUCGAAUACGGUAGCAGUAAUGUAACGGUGACGGUAAUGGUAACAGUGACGGUAACGACAACGGUGACAAAAACAUUCACGAUAACGGUGAUGAUAACGGUAAAAGAACAUAAAAGUAACAGUAACUGUAAUAGUGACGAUGGCAAUAAUGAUUAUGGUAAUGAUCACUGUAACUGUGACGAUAAUAGUAAUAGUAACGACGAUAGUAACAGUGAUGAAAAUGAUGACGGAAACGAUGACAAUGACGAUAACGAUGACGGUGAUUGUAAAAGUGAUGGUGACGGUAACAGUGAUGGUAACGAUAACGAUGAUGGUAAUAAUGGGAGUAAUGGUCACAGUCACAGUCACGCUGAUGGUAACGGUGACUAUAACAGUGACACUAAUGGCUAUGAUAACGGUAAUGAUAACGAUUAUGGUAACAAUGACGGUGAUGGUAACAGUUACAAUAACGGUGACGGUAACGUUGUCGGUAACAGUAACAUUUAUAGUGAUGGUAAUGGUAACACUCUCGGUGAUGGUCACAGUAACAAUUAUGGUGACGGUAAUGGUAACAAUAACGGUAGUAAUAAUGGUGACAGUAACGGUAACAAUAACGGUGACGGUUAUCGUAAUGAUAAUAGAAACGAUGACUGUGACAAUAACAGUAACCGUGAUAGUAAUAGUGAUGUUAAUGGUUAUGGUGAUGGUAACGGUAAUGGUAACAAUGAUGGUGAGAGUAAUGGUAAUUGUAACGGUGACGGUUACAGUAAUGGGUACAAUGGUAGAAACAGUAACAGUGGUGGUAAUGGUGACGGUCACUGUAACGGUAAUGGUAUCGGUAAUGGUAACAGUGAUGAUGGUAACAGUAAUGGUCAUAGCCAUAGUAACAGUAAUGGUGACAAUAACAAUCACGAUUACGGUGAUGAUAAUGAUAAUAGUGACGAUAAAGGCAACAGUGACUGUAACGGUGAUAUUGACGAUAAUAGUGAUGAUAAUGGUAACAGUAACGGUAACAAUGAUGGUAACGGAAAGGGUGAAGAUAAUUGUCAUGAUGACUGUAAUGGUGAUGGUGAAGGUAACGAUAACAGUCACGACAACGUAUCGGUAACAGUGACGAUAACGGUGAUGGCAAUGGUGAUGAUAAUGGAGACGGAAACGAUGACGGAAAAUGGUGAGGGUCACUGUAACGGUCAUGAUAACGGUAACGAUGACGAUCAUGGUAACGGUCACUGUAAUGGUAAUAGUGACGAUUACGAUAAUGGUGAUGGUAACGGUGACUGUAACGAUGAUAAUAACAGUAACAGCAAUGAAAACGGUAACGGUGAUGGUGACGGUAACAGUGGCGGUAAUGGUUACGGUGAUGGUAACGGUAACGACUAUAGUAACGAUGACGAAAAUUAUAACUUUCACGGUAACGGUUACUUUAAUGGUUAUGGUUAUGGUAACGAUAAUCGUAACGGCCACGGUGACGAUAAUGGUAAUUGUAACGAUGACGGUGAUGGUAACGGUUAUGGUAAAAGUUAUGGUCAUGAUGACGGUAACGGUCACGGUAACGAUGAUGAUAACAGUAUCGAAUACAAUACCAGUAAUGGUAAUGGUGACGAUACCUGUAUCGGAGAUGAUAGUAGUAAUGGUAACGGUAACGAUAAUGAUAACAAUGUUGGUAAUGGCAACGAUGACCUUGAUAGUAAUAGUGAUGGUAACGGUGAUAGUAACUGUAACGAUGAUAGUAACGGUGAUAGUAACAGUAACAGUGAUGGUAAUGGUAAUGGUGAUUGUGAAGGUGAUGGUAACGUUUAUGGUGACGGUGACAGUAACUGUAACGGUGAAGGUAACAAUGACGAUAACGGUAACGGGGACGGUCAUCGUAACAAUAACAGGGACGGUCACCGUAAUGGUAAUGGUGACGAUAACGUUCACGAUUAUGGUAACGAUAAAAGUGAUGGUAACGAUAACGCUAACAGUGAUGAUAACGGUUACGAUAACAGUGAUGGUUAUUGCCAUAGUAAGGGUGAUGGUAAUAGUAAUGGUAAUGGUAACGGUAACAAUAACAGUAAUGGUAAGGAUCACGGUGAUGGAAAUGGUCACGAUAACGGUCACGAUAAUGGUUAUGGUCAUGGUAAUGGUGACGGUAAUCGUAAUAGUGACGGUUAUGGUAAUGGUGACGGUAACAAUCACGAUCACGAUAACGGUCACAGUUACUAUGAUGGUAAUGGUUAUAGUAAUGGUUAUGGUGAUGAUAAUGGUUAG